UGACAUGUACUAAAAUAACAACUCACCCGCGAAACACGUUAAAAAAAUAACAAUUAUGAAGUGAAAAUUGCAAUUGUAGAGUCCUCCUUUCCCCUACAAUUAUUACAAGAAAAAGUAGGCUCCUAUAGCAAAACUGUAACAGAAUUAACAUGAAGCUCAUCGAAAUUAGGAGAUGGCUGACGCAGCCACAUGUAUGGAGGUUUGUUGGUUUGGGUUCAUCAGUAGUCGGUUUAUUCUGUUACGCAGUUAGCUCCUCCUUCAACAAUCUGUUUGGAGAGUGGACCUUUCUGAAAAUAUUUUUUUACACUCAACUCAGUUUAAUCAUCUGCAUUGCAAUCUUUUACGCUAAAGUUUGGCAAAGUUCAAGGAGUCUCCGGUUCAAAGGUAACAUGGCACUUUUAGUGUUAACCAUAACCUCUGCUUACUCCUUCUUCUUGGAUAGCAAAGCUGUAAAGAAGAAACCAGACGCAUUUAGCUUGAUAUCAUGUCUUGCGUUUUCUAUCAUGUCGCUUUGCUUGUCAAGACAGAUUCCUUGCGGAUUUGAAGUGGAUCUGAUGUAUUUCUUUCUCGGAGCUUUAAUAGUGCAACUCAUGAAGAUAAAGCUAUGGUUAGGUAUUCUUGGAGUAGGAUUCAGCUAUACCCUCAACAUUCUUCGUUCUUCUUUAGAUGAGAACUUGCAUGAAGGAGCAGGACUCCAAGAAGAUCAACGUAAUGUCGUAAUCCAAGUGGAAGAAGAAGAAGAAGAAGAAUCCAUUUCUCCUCAACCACCAAGAUUCAUGAGUGUUAUUCAAGAAUUGCAUAGGGCUAAUUGGGGACUUGUUGAGGUGUUAUGGUGUCAUUUGAAGGAAUACCUUGUGGACAAAGAUGAUCAAAUUCCGAUUCCAAUGACACUGGUGAAUGACCAUAAUUUUCUUAUCAAUGCGCUUCCGCCGAAAGCAGUCGACGACCUCCAUGAAAAGGUUAAGCUGAUGAUGGAUUCCGGGUUCAAGAAUGAAUGCUCGAACCAGUAUAAUAGCUGGAGAAGGGAGUUCUUGGACAUGUGUCUAUCAAUGUUGCGGUUAAAGGUUAUCAACAAGAUUGAAGGGGUUGACGAGAGAGAGAGGAUUAGGAGCGAUGUCGUAACUACCUUGCAAAAGCUCGCUAAUGAUUUUGUAACGGAGAGGCGUUCUUCGUUGACUCGUUUACCGAGCAUGGUGAAGGUGGUUGGUACACUGCAGGAUCUCAUUCCAGAGCUUGAUGAUUCAGUGUUUUCUGCUCAACGCAGUGAAGCAGUCUCCAUCAUGGAGUUGGAGACAUUAGAGGAAGCAACCAAGGAUUAUUAUUGUACAAAUAUAGAGAAUCUAAUCUAAUAUAAUUAACAUCA